AUGCUGCUCAACGCUGAGACCGCCCUCUCAACCUCCAAGGUUCUUCUCGUCCCAUACUCCUCAUGGCACGUCCCCCGCUAUCACGAAUGGAUGCAAGAUGAGGAAAUCCAAGAAGCAACAGCAUCAGAGCCAUUAACGCUAGAAGAGGAAUACUCUAUGCAGCGCAGCUGGCGCCAAGAUGCAGAUAAAUUAACCUUCAUCGCCUGUCGUCCGAUCUCACAAGAUCAGACUAAAGAAUCUGGGUUCCAGGUGACCCCAGAAGACGAGGCCGCGGAGAGGAUGGUUGGUGAUAUUAAUCUCUUCCUUCGUGUUGAUGAUGGUGAUGAGGGCGAUGAGAUUCCUCAGUUAGUUGGUGAGCUUGAGCUUAUGAUUGCUGAAAAGAUUAAUCAGAGAAAAGGAUUCGGGAAGGCUUCUUUAUUAGCGUUUAUGAGGUAUGUAGUUGAGCGACAGACGGAGAUUUUGGAUGAAUUUGUUCAGGGUUCAGAUGUUUCGGUGGAACAGAGGGAGAAAUUGGUGCAGAGUGCUGCUGCUACUGGGGGCGUGAUGAGGUUUCAAUGUUUAAGUGUGAAGAUUGGGCAGGCUAAUGUGAGGAGCUUGGCUUUGUUUGAGUCACUUGGUUUUGUUAAAGUGACUGAGGAGCCCAGUUUCUUUGGGGAGUUUGAGUUAAGAAAGAUGGAUUUGGGACUAGAGGGGAUUGUGAAGAGUUUGGAUGCUGCUGGGGUUGAAGGGUAUGUUCAGUUGCAUUAUGGAAGGAAAGAGUAG